AUGGAGAAACGUAAGAAUGACUCCGAGGUCAUUAUUAUUGACUCGGACGAUGAUGAUCUGGAAGUGACGCGAUAUGUGAAAGCAACCCCCACCUCAACCGUCCCAAAACAAUCCCCACCUCUUAAAUCAGAUAUUCUGGAUACUCCUUCGCGUAUCACAGUCAAUACUCCGAUCAAAGUUCAAUCUGACAGUGACAGCGAUGAUGGGUUCAAUGAUGGCGAAGCGGCAUACAAGAAGUUUAAGGACCGCAAGUCUGUCAAGCGCAAGCAAAUUGCAGCUGCAAACCGCAAAGCAAAAAUUCCCAAGAUUCCAAAGAGGGAAAAGCCGGCUGAUGAUAUGAUCGUUGGUCUUGCUAAGCCCGAGAAAGCAAUAUCGAAACCAAAGCGUCCUCUAAAGGAGUAUGAUGAAGUAUCAUCCGAUGACGACUUGAUGGAAUAUACGCUCCCGGGCUACAUCAAGCAGCGCCGUCUUAAAUUUGACCGAAGGCAAGAGCACCUCGAGGAGUAUGGAUUAAAGCUACCACCAUCUUACGAGGACGUGGAAUUUUCAGAUGAUGAACGCCUCGAACAUCUGCAAGAAAAACCGUCCUUUCCGGGAAGAACCCCUGUCCGCGAAUACAAGGACAUUACAUUACCCUACUCUCUUGGCUUGAUUCCCGCACCGAUUGCGCAAUGGCUACGCCAAUAUCAAGUUGAGGGAGUGGCUUUCAUGCACGAGAAAUUUAUCUACCAAAAAGGUGGGAUUCUCGGGGACGAUAUGGGCCUUGGGAAAACUAUUCAGGUGAUUGCAUUCCUGACGGCAGCCUACGGGAAGACUGGUGAUGAACGCGAUAGGAAACGAAUGCGCAAGAUGCGUAGAUCUGCUGAUAAGCCAUGGUACCCACGCACCUUGAUCGUAUGUCCUGGAACUCUGAUCUCAAAUUGGGUUGCGGAGCUAAAUAGAUGGGGAUGGUGGCAAACUGAAGUCUAUCAUGGUGCCAGCAAGGAUAUCCCUCUUGAAACCGUGAAAUCGGGCAUGGCCGAAAUUAUGAUCACCACUUACACCACCUAUGUGAAUAACAAGGGACUGGUGAAUCUCAUUGAAUGGGAUUGUGUGAUCGCCGACGAAUGUCAUAAGAUCAAGGAACGAAAGUCAGAAACGACUAAAGCCAUGAAUGAAAUCAACGCUCUAUGUCGUAUUGGUCUCACGGGCACAGCAAUCCAAAAUCGAUAUGAAGAGCUGUGGACUCUGCUGAAUUGGACUAAUCCUGGCGUCCUUGGUCCAGUGACAACAUGGAAAGCACAAAUUGCAGAACCCUUGAAGAUCGGACAGUCCCAUAGUGCAACCGUGAACGAACUGAGCAAGGCUCGAAGAACAGCCAGGAAGCUCGUCGAGAACUUGCUACCUCAGUUCUUCCUCCGACGCAUGAAAUCCUUGAUUGCAGAUCAAUUGCCGAAGAAAAGUGAUCGAGUAGUCUUUUGCCCUCUGACUUGGUCACAAGCAGAAGCUUACGAAAACAUUUUGGAUAGUGAUAUUGUCCAGUCGAUCAAGAAUUCCACUGACCUAUGCGACUGCGGACAAGGAAGAAAAGCAGGCUGGUGCUGUCAUAAAUUUGUGGAUGGUACAGAUAAAACCUGGCAAGCUUACGUCUUCCCUGCGAUUGCAGUAUUGCAAAAGCUAAGCAACCACCUGGCCCUUCUCAUUCCCCAAGGAAAUGAUCCAAAGGAGAGACAAGAGAAGGAGAAGGAGAUGCUACAGAUCGCGCUCCCCGACCAAUGGGAAGAUCUCUAUCGUUCUCGGGACUCAAUCAUGAAUUACGCAAACCCCGAAUUCUGCGGGAAAUGGAAAGUCCUUCGCAAACUGCUUAAGUGGUGGCAUUCGAACGGAGACAAAGUCUUGGUCUUUUCGCACAGUGUGCGCCUUUUGAAAAUGCUACAGAUGCUCUUCAAUCAUACCAGCUACAACGUGAGCUACUUGGAUGGCUCCAUGAAGUAUGAAGACCGAGCUCUAGCGGUGGACGAGUUCAACUCUGAUCCUAAACAAUUCGUCUUCCUGAUCUCUACCAAAGCUGGUGGUAUCGGCCUGAACAUCACAUCCGCCAACAAAGUAGUCGUUGUGGAUCCUAACUGGAAUCCUUCCUACGAUCUUCAAGCUCAAGACCGGGCCUACCGCAUCGGACAAGUCCGCGAUGUCGAGGUCUUUCGGCUUGUUUCUGCUGGCACCAUCGAGGAGAUCGUCUACGCCCGGCAAAUCUACAAGCAGCAACAGGCCGAAAUUGGGUACAAUGCGAGCUCCGAGAGACGAUACUUCAAGGGAGUCCAAGACCAGAAAGAUCAAAAGGGCGAGAUUUUCGGCAUGCAAAACUUGUUUUCAUACCAAUUCGACAACGUUGUAUUACGUGACAUCGUGAACAAGACUAACGUCGCUGAAAGUCGAGCCGGUGUCCAAGUCAUGGAUUUCCACGUCGAGGAAGACGAGGAAGCUACCGGUGACAGACCUAUCAAGUCCGAAGACGAAACUAUGAGCCAAUAUGCCGCUAUGAUCCGCGGUGAGGAAAAUGACCAGAAACCUCGAACUACUACCCCACACAAACACGACCCAGUCCAAGCGAUUCUCUCCAGUGCCGGAGUGGAAUAUACUCAUCUCAACAAUGAAGUGAUUGGUUCCUCUCGUGUCGAGGAGAAACUCAGUCGUCAGGCUGAGCAGGUCAAUAAUGAUCCAGAUGCCGAUUUCCAAGUCUUCGAGAUACCAUCAUCACAAAUGCAGCCAGAUGAUGAUAUUUCGCCAUUUGAAGAAGUUGACCAAAGAACACCCCGUCCACGUAAGCCGAAUCUUUCGCCUUUUCGUUUCAAGUAUCAUCCGCCGGAAGGUGUCAAACGUCGGCAGUUUUGUAGUAUGGCACGGCAUUUGGGAUAUGCUGAUGCGACUGAAUUUGCGCUUGUUGUUGAAAAUAUGACGCAGGCUGAACGGAGAGCGUGUCUUGAUCGGUGGUACUCGGAACGACGGGAUGUUUUGCUGUCCAAGGAUACGAAGAUCAAGACUGAGAAGAUCAAGAGUGAGAAGAUCAAAAUCGAGAAGAUCAAGACUGAGAGGAUUAAGGACGAAAAGGUCAAGGAUGAAGAGAUCAAGAGCGAGGAUAUGAAGACCGAGCGGAUGAAGAGCGAGAUCAAAGAUGAACCGUGA